AUGGAGGACAACGAACAGUUAACGAGAGUUAUUUCGGAGGCAGUUGCUAACGCAAUUCGACAAGCGAGCAACGAGUCGUCGGGAAAUUCCAGCGAGCAACUUAAUCAGGUUGAUCGCUUUCAAAGUAAUUCAGGAGAUUUUGAAAUUGACAGUGUGCAUGCUCCUGGUAGACCUAGUAAGAAUAUCCCGAGAGAGUAUUUAGAAAAUUUUCUAUCAGUAAAGACACCUAUCAGUGAAAUAGCUCGAUUAUUGGCUGUUUCCCGGCCAACAGUAUAUGCUGCAAUACAAGCAUACAAUAUUCCUUACGAGGGACGAUUUUCAAAUCAUUCAAACGACGAGUUACGUUGUUCUGUUGUAGCAAUCAAACUAGGUCACCCAAAUGCUGGUGAGGUGAUGGUACAAGGUCACUUGCGCGCCAAAGGUGUUAACGUUCAAAGAAACCGAAUCAGAAGUAUCAUUAAAGAAGUAGAUCCUCGUGGUGUUGAAACACGUAGUAGCUUACGAAUUCGCCGACGACGUUACUCUGUGCCAUGCCCAAAUUACCUGUGGCACAUUGACGGCAAUCAUAAACUAAUACGUUGGAAGUUUGUGCUGCAUCAUGGCAUUGAUGGCUUUAGCCGAUUGGUUACAUUUGGCAAGUUUUCAAACAAUAACCGCGCAUCUACGGUCUUGGAUCGAUUUAACAAAGCAGUCGAGAAGUAUGGCCAGCCAUUAAAAAUACGCACCGGCUAUGGGGGUGAAAAUGUUCAAAUAUGGAGGAAUAUGGUUGUAGUGAUUAUUACAUGAAGUACACCCACCUUAGUAACCGCACCUAGUUUAAGAUAAUUACUUAUAAAGAGACAUUUUGUAGAUUUUAAUUUAGUGUUGAGUAAAGCGUUAUUUUGAAAGGUUGUUCUUUGGUGUUUACUUGAAUUCAAACUUCUACUUCAAUUUACUCAACACUCGCCUUAUACCUAUGGAUAAAGUUUUGAGACCUGAACGGUUUGAUGUUAUUCCGAACGCGCAAGGCGCUGCAAAACGUUGGACGCACUGGCUCGCGACAUUUGAGAACUUCAUCGAUGCAAUACCGUCCAUUCCUGAUACACGAAUAA